CAGGUCACUUUAAGAAAGGAGUAGCUGUAAUCUGAAGCCUGCUGGACGCUGGGUUGGGAGGCAGUUAUUCACUCCCCUGCUUGCUAGAGCCCCCUCAGGGUGCAGGCUGAGAGGGACCUAAACUCAGAGAGGAGCUGCUGUGGACAACAGGAUGCAGGCCCUGGUGCUACUCCUCUGGACAGGAGCCCUGCUUGGGCAUGGCAGCAGCCAGAAUGUCGCCAGCAGCUCUGAGGGUUCCCCAGCCCCUGACAGCACAGGGGAGCCAGUGGAGGAGGAGGAGGACCCCUUCUUCAAGGUCCCGGUAAACAAGCUGGCAGCAGCAGUCUCCAACUUCGGCUAUGACCUGUACCGCCUGAGAUCCAGUGCCAGCCCAACUGCCAACGUUCUGCUGUCUCCACUCAGUGUGGCCACAGCCCUCUCUGCUCUUUCUCUGGGAGCUGAACAACGAACAGAGUCCAUCAUUCACCGGGCUCUUUACUACGACUUGAUCAGCAACUCGGACAUCCAUAGCACCUACAAGGAACUCCUUGCCUCUGUUACUGCCCCAGAGAAGAGCCUCAAGAGUGCUUCCAGAAUUGUGUUUGAGAGAAAACUUCGAGUAAGAUCCAGCUUUGUUGCACCUCUGGAGAAAUCAUAUGGGACCAGGCCCAGAAUCCUCACUGGCAACCCUCGGAUAGACCUCCAGGAAAUUAACAACUGGAUACAGGCCCAGAUGAAAGGGAAACUUGCUCGGUCUACAAGGGAAAUGCCCAGUGCCAUCAGCAUCCUCCUCCUCGGUGUGGCUUACUUCAAGGGGCAGUGGGUGACAAAGUUUGACUCGAGAAAGACGAGCCUCCAGGACUUCCACUUGGAUGAGGACAGGACUGUGAAAGUCCCCAUGAUGUCAGAACCCAAGGCCAUCCUACGAUAUGGCUUGGACUCUGAUCUCAACUGCAAGAGCUACAGUCCUUGUUUGAGUCACCCGACUUCAGCAAGAUCACAGGCAAACCUGUCAAGCUCACCCAAGUGGAACACAGGGCUGCUUUUGAGUGGAAUGAGGAGGGGGUAGAAACCAGCCCCAACCCAGGCCUCCAGCCCGUCCGCCUCACCUUCCCAUUAGACUAUCACCUUAACCAACCUUUCAUCUUUGUCCUGAGAGACACAGACACCGGGGCCCUUCUCUUCAUAGGCAAAAUCCUGGACCCUAGGGGCACUUGAUGUUUCUACUCAAUGUGCUCUAGGAGAAAACCUAGAGGGAUGGCUGAUUAUACAUUCCAGGAAGGCUGCCCUAUAGCUUCAAUGUAUUCUUUGCAAUAAAAGAGCUUUUCCUUAA